AUGUCUUCAACUUUUCAGAAAGGUUCUAUUUUUGCAGAGAACAGAAUCUCGCAGUGUUCAUUUUCAAUUGAUCACAUUUUGGGAUUAGACAAGAAAAAGGAUUUUUCACCAACACUUUCCAAGCCUCAUAGGCCAUGGAUGGACCGAUGUGACAAAAAAGGAGCAGUUGAUACCCAUUGUUGGCGGAUCCCUGUGUUUACAUAUGACGUACCAAUAAAAAUGAAUGCAGUGCAGCAAUCUACAGAAAAAGAAACAACAAUGAGCUAUGAGAAAUGUUGCCCAGGACUGGAUCGGCUAACUUAUAAACGGGAAUUAAGUUGGUACCGAGGGAGAAGACCAAGGACAGCUUUCACAAGAAAUCAGAUCGAAAUACUGGAGAAUGUUUUCAGAGUAAAUUCCUAUCCAGGUAUUGAUAUCAGGGAGGAGCUUGCGAACAAACUAGCACUAGAUGAAGACAGGAUACAGAUUUGGUUCCAGAACCGUCGUGCAAAACUCAAAAGAUCCCAUCGUGAAUCACAGUUCCUAAUGGUCAAAGACUCAUUAACUCCACAAAUACAAGAAUAA